UGAGCUGAGAGGUUUUUUUUUGGAGGAGGGGAUUCGGGCUGCAGGCGGCCGCCGGCUUUCGGUCUCUGCCUCUCCCUCUGUCUAUGUGGCCGGACUCAGCUGAAAGUAGCCUGGGGGUGCGUCGGCUGGACUUGGAGCUGGACUUGCUGCAUUGAGAGACGAUUAGCGGUGAGGGAGACCUCAAAGCAGCGGCGUCUGAUCAAAAGCCCGGGCGCGAAUACCAGGGCAGAGAGGGAUUUGUGAUGAGCCGGGCACUCAGCAUUGAUAGAGGUUUGCUAACCUACGGGAGACACACGGUGUAGACUUCACUUCCGCACUUGUUCCGUCUUCAAGAUGCAGACUUGGCUAAAAGGCAAACGUGUCGGAUACUGGCUGAGCGAGAAAAAGAUCAAGAAGCUGAAUUUCCAGGCCUUCGCGGACCUUUGCAGGAAAAGAGGCAUAGACGUUGUACAGCUGGAUCUGGAAAAACCCAUCGAGGAGCAGGGACCACUUGAUGUUAUAAUCCACAAACUGACCGAUGUAAUUCUGGAGGCAGACCAAAAUGAUGCACAGUCCCAGGAACUGGUUCAGAGGUUUCAGGAUUACAUUGACGCACAUCCAGAGACCAUCAUUCUGGAUCCACUGCCUGCAAUCAGGACCCUCCUAGAUAGAUGCAGGUCAUAUGAGCUGAUUCGCAGACUUGAAGGCUAUAUGCAAGAUGAAAGAGUUUGUUCCCCUCCCUUCAUGGAACUCAGCAGUCAGUGUGGGGAGGAUACUAUGGCAGAGAUUGAGAAGCACAAGCUGACAUUCCCAUUCAUUUGCAAAACUAGAGUGGCACAUGGCACCAACUCUCAUGAGAUGGCAAUUAUUUUCAGUGAAGAUGGCUUGAAAGACAUAAAGCCCCAGUGCGUCAUCCAGAGCUUCAUAAACCACAACGCAGUUCUCUACAAGGUGUUUGUUGUUGGAGAGUCGUGCAGUGUGGUUGAACGGCCGUCACUGAAGAACUUUUCCAGGGGCGUUUCAGACAGAAAAACAAUAUUCUUCAACAGUCACAAUGUCUCAAAACCAGAGUCCUCUUCUGACUUAACAGCACUUGAUGUAGUGGAAGGUGUCUUCAGACCCCCAAGCGAUGAAGUUAUCAGAAAAAUAUCCAGGGCACUGCGUGAAGCACUUGGCGUAUCCCUCUUCGGCAUUGACGUAAUCAUCAAUAACCAGACUGGCCAACACGCUGUCAUCGAUAUUAAUGCAUUCCCAGGAUACGAAGGUGUUCCAGAGUUCUUUACCGAGCUAAUAAACCACAUUCAGGUUGUUCUACAAGAUCAAAACCCGGAAUCGGCUCAGUUCAACCGGAACGGUAAGGCGGUUGAGCAGGCCACAAGCAUCUGUGGGGAGCGGGCCUGUUCUGCUGCCUCAGGCUUUGUGACCAUGGCAGCAAAAGAUCCGUGGCUUGUAGAAGAUGAGUCAAGCAACAGCAAGAGGCUGCAGCAUCAACGACUAAGUUGCAAUUCUGCUUUGCCACCCAACUUUCAGAACUGUGUUGCUCCCAUGGCAACUAAGGCAUCCUCACAAUAACCACUGAGAACACUGGACCAAACCCAAGGACUGAUCUUUAAUGGGGAUCAACCUGAACCACUUUCAUAAAUCAAUGGAACAAUUUGUUUUGUUUGAAUGACUUCACAGACUGACACACAGACUGGAAUACAGUAUCAAAGGGAUAUUGAGGAGCAGGUUGCAGAUCCUUUGAUAAAGUCAAAUGAUAAACUCAAUCCAGUUCUUGUUAAACAUUUAACGUAGCAAAAGUUGCUUUGGUGAGCUUUUACCACACAGGAGCUAUUACUAACGCUUCAACAGGAAUCAAUCACAAGUGGCUAAUACAGUUAAUCAGGAAUCCUUCCUUUCAUCCUGGGUAUUGGGCAUUUCACCUUUCUUCCCUCUUGACACUUCACCUUAACCAGCACACAGGACCCAAACGGUUUGCACCCUUUUUAAAGUUGUCUUGUAGCUUCUGUUUAGAAACUGCAAGACACUUGAGUUCUGUGGACUUUACACCUUGUUAGACUCCAGUAAGCUUUGUUCUGCCAAUCUGAAAGAAGCUAGUUAAAGCUUAAAACGGGACAUGUUGUAUGUAGGCUUUAUUUGGCGAGAGCUGUUAUCUGUGAUUAGAAGUUCUGUAUUUCAAAUAAAAGUCAAAAUGAUAGAUUGAGGGGAUAUUGAUGUAUGAUAAAGUAGCAUUACGUCCAGAUAACAGCAUGUAAACUAGAGCAAUUAAAAAAAUACACAACGCCGAUUCCUAGAACAGAGACACGAUUAUGCGGUAUCCUUCACAGUCAUCUUAUUUGUUGUUCAGUUUAAUCGUCGUUAAUAAUGCACUCCCAUACAUGAUCUUCUCUUCAUUUGAAACCAACUGUUAAUUAAAUUGUGCAAAAAGCUCUUAAACAUCACCUGUAGAUUGCAAUGCUUAUAGUUCAAUGUUACAGAUAGUGAUUACUUAUCCUUUGGUUCCCUUUCUUAGAAAAGCAGCAUUGAGGAAUUGGUGGCAUAUAUUUGCUUAUUUUGCAAGCUCACACUUUACAAGCGCUGAUGUGGGUAGUGUCUCCAGUCAGCAGAGAGUUCUUUCCCCAUGAUGACGGUGCUUCAGUAUUUAAACAGAGAUUUCCAGUUUCAGUACAGCUCGCCCGUAAUUCUGAAUUUAGUUGAUUUUAGGAUGAUAUUAGAACGGGAAGAGUCAGACAUAGGGUAUUUAAGGUGUGUUAAAGGAGAAAAAAAAUGAAGUUAGUCUCCAGAAACCAAAGCUAAAUGGCUGCUUUAUUUUAUUAAUUUCAUAAUUCCUUCCAAUCACUGCUCCUUAAAUUACUUUUUUAUGCACGGAAACAAAAAUCCAUAUUUUUCUGACUCAAAUCCCAAAUGAUUAGGUAUGAAUAACCAUGGAGGACACUGGGUGAACAAUUUUUGUGUGUUAUAAUGGUUUGCAUUGUAAUUAAGACUUAAAGUCAAACUUUAAGACGGUGUACCUGAGAACAUUUUGCACCAUUAUUAGGCUAAUAUAUUGCUUUAAUAGACACUCCAGUUCAAAUGAUUUAGUCUAGGAUAGCAUUGUUGAGUUUAUUGUAACAAUCUACACCUCUACCACUCUAAUCUUCUUGCAACCCUUAAAGAUAAUAUUAUGCCUGGAGCCAUUUGAGUGGUUAUAAAUGUGACUUGUUCCCUUUUGGAGUGCCAUGGAAACCAGGCCUAAAUAUGUUUACAGUAAAUUAAGUUUAGUGCACUAGCUAUUAGAUGGCCAUCUUAAUGUGUCGAUGUAUUUCCUCUCUCAUCUCAUUGCAUGAGAAGUAAUGUGAGAUUAAUGACUGAUUUUCUUGCUGCCUUAAUAUAUUGACACGGCUCUAUUGCACUGCUUCAUUCUUCAAUAUAAACUACUGAAAGGUAAUUGGGAAUUUAGCAAUUUUUAAGAAAGACAGCUUGUUUAUUGUCUAAGUUGAGAUUCACAACUUUCGUCUCUAUGAGCAAUAUUACCAGAAGGUGGAAAAUUUAUUUGGCUUCAAUAUCCCAUUUGUAUAAGUGUCGCUAGAAUACCUGCGAUCUUAAAGUGACGCAGCUCAUUACAUAUUUUACAAAAGGAUUAUUUGAUCUUCCAUGUCUUUGCCCAUAGAAAUUCAGGAGAAUGCUUGGGAUCUGGAGCAUCUCACGUUCAAUAGGGAUUUUUUUUUUUUAAAAAGGAUUGUUUCUUUACCUUCUCCUCCUCCCAAAUGCAAAUUCCCCUUCUGAUGCCUUUUUGUGGAGAAUUGAUAGGAGAACAGAGCUAAUUCUGCUGUUUUGCUUAUCACUAUGAGCACUUUUUUUGGUGAGGGCAGGAUGGGGUGGUGGGUGCCUGACAAAGAUUUGGCAAAAUUCAGCCAAUAGCCAGUUUGAAUGGCAAGAAACUGAAUUUUAUGAUCUUGUGUUUUGAAUGGCCAGUAUUCUUUGAUAAAACUCCUCCCUCAAUUGUGUUGCUUAUAAAAUUCCAAACAGUUCAUCGUGUUUUCAUCAAAAUAGUAAUGUAACUUCUAAAUUUAUGUAAGAAUAAUGGUUUAACUCAAAGUAAAUGCUGCCAUUUAAAUUAGUGCUACUUCAGUGAACUCAUUCAAUGAAACUGUUGUAAAAAUACUCUUGCACGGAAAACUGGGAGUUUAUGACACUGCUUGUUUUUAUAUCAAUGGUUCCAGUAGGGUGAUAUUUUUGCUUUGGUGUUUUAGUUCUCGUCCCUAGUCCAGAGGUCUCUGUGGGGUAGGUUGCACUUUUCUAUGUUUUAAGGUGGCAUCUCUGCUGUCGUCCAUCAAGCAAAGAAUUCUCCUGUUUUACGUCAACAAAUUCCUGGUUUUCAAACCUGAGUUCAUCUGAACCUCAGCAAUUCUUAGGACUGAGUUAGACAGAUUGGACCAAAUAUCAUACAGUAUGUCCAUUCAUUGUCACAUCAGUAUAACACAAUGCUUUCUGGUAAUAUUGUACAAUGGGAACCUAUUUGUUUAAGUUGUGCACUCUAGUGACCAGUGGAGUGUGUAGUCUAUAAUAUGUAUUUUAUGUAAUAUAUAUUUUGUGGCACCAGUUAUCACAGUCUACACAGCUUCACCAAAAUGUACUGUAUAUUAGUUUAUCCAUUUUAUUUUUUAACAAUUGCUGCUUACAUAAAACCAAAAAUAUUUGUGGUUUAUUCUGCUAAUUUUAUUGCAUGAAGAGCAACAUAACUGUCUCAAAUUAAGUGAAUGAUAUCUCGAUUUGACUCCUUAGUUACUCCAUUCAGCACCAUUUGGGAAAAAAUAACAUCUGGUUCUGGGUGUUGACAAGCCAUUCAGAAUGGUUCAGUGACCAAUAGUAGACCAAUUUAAAUAUUGCAACUACAUAGGUUGCAUUUUGCAAUGUAAACUAACCAUAUAAUUAUUUCAUUUCCUAAAUGGGCUUCAAGGGACCAGACCUUUUCAAUCCAGCCCUGACUUGGAUUUUUCUGAUGUGAUGAUUGUGUUAUACAUCUUAGCCAUAAGUUCUUUCACCUCCGUGUAGUUGACAAUAAGAGGAAAUGUAUAUAUAACGUGAAUCAUAAACGUUGCUUUACAGCA